AACAGACGUGUAUUUACAGUAACACAUACACAGAAGCCAGGAAGUAAAGUGUGUUUCGAGAUCAGUCUUUUUGCUAAGAAUUCCAAGCCUAAAGGAUGUAUCAAAUUGAUUUAUUUAUAGCUAAUGUAUUCAACAAAGAAUGGCGACAGGGUUAAUGUCAGAACUGGAAACUCACCUGAAUCAAAACAGUUCCACAAUGAAUAGUAUUUUUAUCGAUCAGGGUGGCGAGUGGGAUUAUAGUCUGUUUGAUGAGCUGGGAGAUGCAGAAGAGCUGUUGCAGUCUUUGGCUCAUGAGUCAUAUGAAUAUAAUGAUGCAGGCCUUGAUUUUGAUAUUGAUUUAGUACCCUGGGAUGAGACUAACAGCUGCACAGAUUGGGAGAUGGCAGCUGGCUCCCUCUCCCCCACCACGACAAUCAGUUCAGUCCCGUCUCCUUCCUCUGUGGACACCCUUUCACCAUACAGUGUACCUUCUCAGCUGUCUCCUGUAUCCCUGUAUUCAGACACCAGCAGCUCUGAUCUGAAGGUAGAGAACAAAGCCUGGAGGAAGACUGCCACAGGAAAAUCCUCUUCAAAUCCCCCAAAGCGCCCCAUUCAGUUGACACCAAAGAUUUCUAUUCAGCCUAAGCCAGUGGUCACAGCAGUUCCCUUUUCUCAUAACAUUGGCACUAUUCCAGCUAAAACAAUACUAAUCCAGCCUCUUCAGACUGUGCUGCCUGUGUUGAAACAGCAACCUGUUACCAUCCAACCAGCACUUCCUGGUGGGCAACCAGUGGUGCUGCAUCAGCCAACCCAAGUUGUGCAGCAGAUCCUGACCACACGGCAGAUUGUAACCCUCACUGAUGGGGUCAUCGCUCUCCCCAAUCAUCCUGGAGACGGACUGACUACCACCGGAAACACUGCACUCCCCGCCCAGAGCCAGCCCAUCUCUGUGGGACACUACCAGACCGGAGCUGCUGACGGAGAUAAUGUGUUGAGGAGACAGCAGCGUAUUAUCAAAAACCGUGAAUCUGCUUCUCAAUCGAGGAAAAAGAAAAAGGAGUAUCUGCUCACCCUGGAGGCCAGGUUGAAGAUGGCUCUGUCUGAAAACGAAAAACUGAAGAAUGAAAAUGGUUCCCUGAAAAAACGGCUUGAUGGGCUUUCAUCAGAGAACCAAAUCCUUAAGAUCACAGCACCAAAAAGAAGGUCUGUUUGUGUCCUGGUGGUCUUGGCAUUCAUAAUGCUGAACAGUGGCCCAUUGAGUUUAUUUCAUCAAGAUCCAAACACCAAGAUCUCCAGCGCAGUACACAGCGGCAGACAUCUGCUUGAAUUCUCGACUGAAAAUGAGAAUAACAUGGCACAGGAAACACCUGAAAUUCUCAUUCCACAAACCCCUGACAGAUCUGACAGCUCAGCCUUGGAUCAGAAGGCCUUGAUGGUGGUGAAGGAGGAGCCUCUGUUGUAUUUUCCAUCUCCCUCGUGUCAGCCUCAUGUCAACAGGACCAAGUCUAUCAGGUUAGCGCAUGAGCUACGUGGCUGGGUUCAUAGGCAUGAAGUUGAAAGGACAAAAUCCAGAAGGAUGACGAACAGUCAGCACAAAGCAAGAAGCAUGCAGAAAUCUCAGGAUAAAAAGGCUGAUGUUGCCCAGAUUGUGACGGUCCAGUACACUGAUACAACUGACAAGAACUCAGGGAGUGAAUUACAGGUAUAUUAUACUGCGCACCGCAGUUACCAGGAUUUCUUUGAUGAGAUUCAUAGAAGAGGGGACACCUUUUAUGUUGUUUCAUUUCGGAGGGAUCAUCUCCUUUUGCCUGCUACAAGCCAUAACAAGGGAAGAAGACCGAAGAUGUCCCUAGUUCUGCCAGCUAAUGUGAAUGAAAGUCUAAUAAAGAAUGAGGACUAUGAAGUCAUGAUGCAGAUAGACUGUGAGGUCAUGGACACCAGGAUUCUCCACAUCAAGACCUCCUCUAUCCCACCAAUCCUGCGGGAUCCACGGGAGAAUCGCACCAACUCCUUCUACCACUCGACUUCAGCUAGCAACCAGGCCACUCCUGUUGGAGUUAUCGCUGAAUCUAUGAAAUAACAAUUAAAAACAGGCACAUUGUCAACAAUUUAGUAGACUUAGAUGUUAUGUUUCCAUCUUCAUCAGUUUAUCUGUGUUGAUAUGUUUAUUUGUGCUUGCCAGCUUUUCUGUUUUUAUUGCAAUUCAUUGAUAUGUCGUUAUUGGCAUUAUUAUUAGUGUCAGUAUGUCAUUUUUAAUGUCCUUCUGUUAAGAUUUUGAAGUGCCUUAUCUUACAGUUCCCUGUGGUCUCCCCUCUUUGUUUCUAGUGCUGCAAUAAUUUAGAUAACAAUGUUUCAGCCCUAUACUACACAUUAGAAAAAGACAUGAAAAGGCAACAAAGCCCAACAUGCUCACCCAUGUGGUUAAUUUCUUCAUCUCCAUAUCCCUCUGCCUUUACAAUCUCACACAUCCUGUUAUCUAUGGUAACUAUACCAUUCCCUGGAUUCUUCUUCUGUUUUUGUGAAAUUGUUUCUACCUCAAUUCCUUUUCCUUUCUUGAGGCCAUUUUCCAUCCAACACAUUUUUUAACCCACUAUUCCAAAAAAGAAAAACUCAGAACCAGAUUGCAAGCAGGACACCUGACUGGAUGUUGGCAACAUGUCUGAAUGACGUAUAAAGACUGGAAGGACCUUCAAAGUGGGCAGUGUGCUGCCUCUGGAAAACAAGGACAUAAGAAAAGAGAGACGAGAUAAUUUACAAGACAAGCCCUUGCAAUUAACUGUGAUGGAUGGAUAAGACCUGAAAAUUGUUAUUGAAUGCAUUGUAAGUAUCCUUUUAAAUAUAGCUGAAGAAACUGUAUACACAGCAGUCAAUUUUGUGUUUCAGCGUCUACACUUGCAAGCACAAGAACCCUGCAUACAAACACAGAGAGUAAUUCAGUUUGAAAUGUGGUUGUGUCUUAGUUUUGUAUAAGGUUUAAUCUGCCUGUGAAAACAAAUUAUGUAGUUUUAUUAUUGCUGUGUUUCUCUUGUAAUUUUUGGGGUUUCAUAUGUAUUUCCAUUUUGCACUCAGCAUUGUGACUGCAUGAAUAGAUUCAUAACUAGUUAUACAUUCUGGUGGUAAAUCUUUUCUUUUUUCUUAAAUUAAUGGCAAAAAAAAUAAAUUCUGCAUAGUAUUGUAUUACAAAUGUUUAUGUAAAACAUGGGAAUGUCCGACUACACUUUACAAAGUAUAAAUAUCUGCUUUCUGAAAAUUACAGCAAAAAACACUUUAAAAUGAGAAAUGAUUCAGCAGCAAAAUAUAUAUAUAUAUAUAUAUAUAAGAAUCUAAACUGUUUCUGCCAAGUUUGUUUUCUCUUGUGAUACUCCCUGGUUGAGAACAAGAAGGGCACCACAUUAAAGCAAUCUCAAUCUUUGAUGCUGUGAUCACAAACAUAUUAAGAUUGUAUCGAAAACGCUGCACUAGCAUUGAAGAUUAGUGGUAAAAAGAAAAAAAAAAACAUCUGACAUUGUACAGAUAUUGCUUUAGUUUUAAAGUUGACAACUCCAUGCAGUUGAUUCUCUAGAUUUAGAGAAGUCCUUCUGUAGCUACUGAAAAAAAAAGACAUUUCUUGUUUAAAAGUCUCUGGGGUGUGAAGAAAAUGUUAGCUGUUCUUUAUUUGGUAUGGAUGAUAACAUGUGUAUAGUAAUAACUGGUGGUCAGAUGUACACUACAGAAAUGAUUGGAAUGUAGAUGAAUGGAUACAUUAAAUACAUUAUUAGCUAAAAGGUAUUUUUACAAUAACAAAAAAACAUUACGCCAAAACGUGAAAUACAUUGUUAUGUUCAAGUAAUUCUAAAGCCUCCUCCUGAGUAUGGUUAGUCACUAUCAUCACUACUGUACUUGAGGUCCCCUUAAUGGCAAGAAAUUAUGUAGUUUUGUGUGUAUUAAAUGGAUUGGGGCCAAUGUCAAUCCGGCAACUCAUUCAAACCUAUGAAUGGUAAAAACAGCAGUUUGUGUACAAGUUUAAAUUAUAAGUUAGAUUUUAGCCAACACCACAAAAUUAAACUCUUACCAUAAAUUGACCACAAAAUUAAACUCUUACCAUAAAUUGCUUCCCAAAAACAUGUCUUUUUAAUGUACUGCAUAUACAAUGUAAUAAAUGUUUAUAGAACGAAGGAUAUUGUUACUGCUUGUAAAACAUGAAUAUUUUGGGUUAAAUUAUACAGUUCUGAAAGAGUAUAAUGUAUUUUUAAAACAGUAUGUUAUAAACACACAUCUGGAGUGUGGAGGUCAAUUGUGGAAGUUCAUCUUGAGCAGGUUCUACUGCCUCUUGUCUCUUUCUAAAGAGCAUCUAGUUUUCUUUGCUGUGGGAUAUGAAUACUGCCUGGACGACAAAUCACUGUUUUUUUGUAAUGAUGGAAAAGCACAUUAAUAAAGAAAAACAUGAAAUAA